AUGCGCCGCGUCCUCCGGCUGCUCCUCGGCUGCUUCCUCACCGAGCUGUGCGCCCGCGUGUGCCGGGCGCAGGAGCGAGCGGGGCACGGGCAGCUGGCGCAGCUGGGCGGCGUGGUAGUGCUGGCGGGGGGCAACCGGUCCGGGGCCGCCUCCGGAGAGGCCGGCGAGGGCGCGGGGGCCUCGGACGCGCCCCCGACCCGGGCGCCCACGCCGGACUUCUGCCGGGGCUACUUCGAUGUCAUGGGCCAGUGGGACCCGCCGUUCAACUGCAGCUCGGGCGACUUCAUCUUCUGCUGCGGGACUUGUGGCUUCCGGUUCUGCUGCACAUUUAAGAAGCGGCGACUGAACCAGAGCACCUGCACCAACUACGACACUCCGCUGUGGCUCAACACCGGCAAGCCCCCCGCACGCAAGGACGACCCCCUGCACGACCCCACGAAGGACAAGACCAACCUGAUCGUUUACAUCAUCUGCGGGGUGGUGGCCGUCAUGGUGCUUGUAGGCAUCUUCACCAAGCUGGGGCUGGAGAAAGCGCACCGGCCGCAAAGGGAGCACAUGUCCAGGGCCCUUGCAGAUGUCAUGAGGCCACAGGGCCACUGCAACACCGACCCCAUGGAGAGGGACCUCAACAUUGUGGUUCAUGUCCAGCAUUAUGAAAACAUGGAUACCAGAACUCCCAUAAAUAAUCUUCAUGCUACGCAGAUGAACAACGCGGUGCCCACCUCCCCUUUGCUCCAGCAGAUGGGCCAUCCGCAUUCGUACCCCAGCCUGGGCCAGAUCUCUAAUCCCUACGAGCAGCAGCCGCCGGGCAAAGAGCUCAACAAAUAUGCCUCCCUGAAGGCGGUUGGAAGUUCUGAUGGUGACUGGGCAGUGGCGACACUUAAGUCACCAAAAGCCGACAAGGUCAAUGAUGACUUCUACUCCAAGCGACGGCACCUGGCCGAGCUGGCCGCCAAGGGGAACCUACCUCUGCACCCAGUAAGAGUGGAAGAUGAGCCGCGGGCCUUCAGCCCUGAGCAUGGGCCCGCCAAGCAAAAUGGACAGAAGUCACGCACCAACAAGACCCCCCCACAUCCCCUGGCCUACAACUCCACCACCAACUUCAAGGGCUGGGACCCCAACGAGCAGUCUCUCCGGCGGCAGGCUUACGGUAACAAGGGCAAACUUGGCGUAGCCGAGUCGGGCUCCAGCGACCCCUUGGGGACUCGCACCCAGCACUACCCACCCCCACAGCCAUACUUCAUCACCAACAGCAAAACAGAAGUGACUGUCUGAGCUUUCACUACAGGAAGCAUCCUGGAGACCAUACUCAACUGAGAGGCAAAAAAUAUCCCUGGCCCACACCCUUCCUGCCCUCCCCGACAUGCUCCCUCACGCCCUGACUCCCCAUACCAACCGACCAUAAACCUGCUGGCGACGCAGAAUCAUGCUUUUCUUGGGUCAUGCCUAACACGUGUCGGCGGGCAGCUGAGCAAGGCCGAAGCAGGGAUGUUCAGCAAUACAGCAGAGGGGAAACUGAGGCACGGCUCUUUCGACUUCGGGCCCAAGGUGGCCGACUCACAUGCCCAAACCGUGGGGCUGAUUUUUUCUUUUCCUCCUGACUUAAGACUGAAAUCCAUGAUGACGAAUUAAAAGUAGCACAGCUUAGAGAAAUUGU